AUGUCCGGCUCAGCAGGCGACAGUGCAAAUACCGACGAAGUGUCGGACCCCAUCCAGCCGGACGUUAGACACCCCGAUACCUUCGCUUCUCGCAGCCCCGAGACCGCCAGCAAAUCUCGUGAGAGGAUGAUGAAUCGCUUCCAGCCUGGGGAAACCCAAACUACUUCUCGGCGCAUGUCAGAUACACCUACCACUAUGCGAGAUCGAUUUGGCGAGGUCAGUCCACAACCAUCCCGGGAAGAUGAAGAUCAAGGGAAAUCGAUGUUGGAAAAAGCGCAUGAAGUGGUGGCCAAGGCAUUGGGAGGGAGUUCGCGUGUUAGUUCUACAUCAACCAACUUUGGGGAUCAGUUUAAGGAUAGUAUUUUCAGUCUGACGCGGAAUCAUACAAUGCCCAAAGAAGACCGCCCCCUGAAGGGAUUCCUAUAA